AGCGGACCGCACCCGCCGCAGUCAUGUCUGUGGUGGGCAUCGACCUGGGCUUUCAGAACUGCUACAUCGCGGUGGCGCGGAGGGGCGGCAUCGAGACCAUCGCCAAUGAGUACAGCGACCGCUGCACACCAGCUUGUAUAUCUUUGGGAUCCAAAGCCCGGACUAUUGGAAAUGCAGCAAAAAGCCAGAUUAUUACAAAUAUUAAGAAUACGUUACAUGGAUUUAAAAAGCUGCAUGGAAGAGCAUUUAAUGAUCCCUUUAUAAAGUCUGAGAAAGAAAAAGUGCCAUAUGAGCUUCAGAAAUUACCUAAUGGGAGUGUAGGAGUGAAGGUACGAUAUUUGGAUGAAGAGAGAUUAUUUGCUAUUGAACAAGUUACUGGUAUGCUAUUAGUUAAGCUUAAGGAGACAUCAGAAAAUGCACUUAAAAAGCCUGUAGCAGAUUGUGUCAUUUCCAUCCCAAGCUUUUUUACUGAUGCCGAGAGAAGGUCUGUUAUAGCAGCAGUGCAAGUGGCAGGUUUAAAUUGCUUGAGAUUAAUGAAUGAAACUACAGCAGUUGCUUUAGCCUAUGGAAUUUAUAAACAGGAUCUACCAGCCCCAGAGGAGAGACCAAGGAAUGUGGUUUUUGUAGACAUGGGACAUUCUGCCUACCAGAUUUCUGUUUGUGCUUUUAACAAAGGAAAAUUGAAGGUACUUGCUACUACAUUUGAUCCCUUUUUGGGCGGUAGAAACUUUGAUGAUGCUUUGGUAGAUCAUUUCUGCGAAGAGUUCAGGCUCAAAUAUAAACUUAAUGUUAAGGACAAUGGUCGAGCAUUGCUACGAUUAUACCAGGAGUGUGAAAAACUGAAGAAGCUGAUGAGUGCAAAUACUUCUGAUCUUCCAGUAAACAUAGAAUGCUUUAUGAAUGACGUUGAUGUCUCUAGCAAAAUGAACAGGGCUCAGUUUGAACAACUGUGUGCAUCUCUUCUGGCCAGAGUAGAACCUCCUUUGAGAGCAGUGAUGGAACAAGCUAAACUACAGCGUGAAGAUAUUUACAGUGUAGAAAUAGUAGGUGGAGCAACUCGUAUUCCAGCUGUGAAAGAACAGAUUUGCAAAUUUUUAUGUAAAGAGAUAAGUACUACAUUAAAUGCAGAUGAAGCUGUUGCAAGGGGUUGUGCAUUACAGUGUGCAAUUCUGUCCCCAGCAUUUAAAGUCCGUGAAUUUUCCAUCACAGAUGUUGUUCCUUACUCAAUUACUCUGAGGUGGCAAUCAUCUUAUGAGGAAGGAACAGGUGAAUGUGAAGUCUUCAGCAAAAAUCAUGCUUCUCCAUUCUCAAAAGUUAUUACUUUCCACAAAAAAGAGCCUUUUGAACUGGAAGCAUUUUAUACACAUCCUCAUGAUGUUCCUUAUCCUGAUACAAGAAUAGGCCAUUUUGUUAUUCAAAAUGUUGGUCCCCAAAACGAUGGUGAUAAUUCAAAAGUUAAAGUUAAAGUGCGAGUUAAUAUCCAUGGAAUCUUCAGUGUGGCUAAUGCAUCUGUUGUAGAGAAGCAAAAUUUGGACAAUGAGCCUAAUGAUAUUCCAAUGGACACAGAACUGGCAUGUAAUAACCAAAGCACAGAAGAACUGGCUAAAAUGCAGAUUGAUCAAGAUGAUGGUAAUCAAAAGAGUCAAAUAGAACAAAGUCAAACAGAUGAAGAAACUGAUCAUAUAGGGACCGAAGGAAAGACUGCUUCAGGAGACAAGAUUGAUGCAAAUCAGUCAAGCAAAACAAAGACCAAGAGCAUUGAUCUACCUAUCCAUGUUAACUUAUAUAGACAGGUUGAACAGGAUCUUAUUAAUUGCUACAUUGAAAAUGAGCGGAAGAUGUUGACGCAAGACAUUCUGGAGAAGGAGAAAAAUGAUGCCAAAAAUGCUGUUGAAGAAUAUGUGUAUGAUCUGAGAGAUAAGCUUUGUGGCGUCUAUGAAAAAUUCAUAACUGAAGAUGAUUCAAGAAAAAUAACAUUAAUGUUAGAAGAUACAGAAAACUGGCUUUAUGAAGAUGGAGAGGACCAACCAAAACAUGUAUAUGUGGAAAAACUUCAGGAAAUGAAAAAAUUUGGUGGCCCUAUUCAUGAUAGAUAUAAGGAGUAUGAAGAAAGACCAAAAGCUUUAUUUGAUUUAGAAAAUAAACUCCAGAUGCUUAUGAAAGCUCUAGAAGAAUACGAAAAUAAGGAUAAAAAAUAUGAUCACAUUGAUCCUGUUGAUAUGGAAAAGGUUGAAAAAUAUGCCAGUGAAGCUAUGAACUGGUUGAGCUCAAAGAUGCAUACACAGCACAGACUGAAUUUGACACAGGAUCCUAUUAUUAAGGUGGUAGAAAUAAAAGCAAAAUCUAAGGAACUGGACAGUUUAUGUAAUCCAAUUAUUUACAAACCUAAGUCCAAAGCAGAACCACUGUCUAAAGAUCAAGGAAAAUCUAAUAGUGAACAAAACAGGCCAACGAAUGGACAAAGCAGCUCCGACACUAAAUUAGAGGAUAGUUGCCAGCAGCCUAAAUCAUCUGAAGAAAUGGACAUGGACUAAGUUUUACACUUCUUUGAGUUCAUUAAAAACAGUGCAAGUAAUCAGAGGGUCCUUUUUUUUCUUAAUUCACACUACAUAUGUUCAGUUAUUUAGAAAACUUUGUCCUUUAUUCUUUUCAUUAGGUUUAAAGUGUUUUUCUAUUGAGUAUAUUCUCAUUGUUCAUUCCAUUGGUUAAGCUUAUUGUGAAGCUUUAGUUGAAUGUAGAUUGUAAUCAGUUUAAGCUUUUAUGAUACAUUUUAUAUCAAAGAAGCGGAAUUGAUACAUAAAUGACAACAAUCUACCAUAUUUAAAGCUUUUAUUGUGAGUAAGCCACUGCUCCUUUAUUCAUGAAAGACCACAGUAUUGCACUUUCGAUGCUGAAGUGUAGAUUUUUGCAUCUUUAUUUUAGAAGAUACUCAGUUUGAUGUGGCUUGAACAUUGCCACUGGAAGCACUGACCUUUUCCUAAUUGUUGUAUUGUUCUAAUUUAAAUAUUAAAAUAGAGGUUAGUUGGCAAACUAGUUCAUCUUGUUGAUGUACCACAAUAACUUGUAAAAAUUUUGUUGAUCAAUAUCCGAAGCUUGAAAGGACCUUACACCAGCAGCAUUCUUUGUCAUCAAACUAGUAACAUGAUUCAAAAUAAAACUCUUGGUCCCCGUAUUCACACGGUCCUGUAUCAUAUUUUGUGUUGAUGCUGAGACGCUCUUAAAAUUGUAAUAGUAUGGAAUUGGAAGACUGUAACGAGAGAGACACCUGCUUUCAUUUCUCUUAAAUACUUCUGACCUAACUGGCUUGGGUUUAUUCAGAAUGCUGGCCUUUGCCUGUUUUCACAAAAUGCACUUCUUGAAAUGAAAAGUAAAAAAAUACACCCACAAUAUAUUGUCAUCAAUUAAUAUUACUUACACAGCAUUCCUUAUUUAAAAUAUUUUUGUUUUACUUGGCAAAAAUAAUAUUCUUGAUUUAGAGAUUGUGCUUACAGAAAGUUUACAGUAGUAAUCAUUUUUGGUAAUUGUCCCAAGCAUUUGCAGAAUAACAUUUGAUAUAUCUUUAAUAAAUAGAUAAAACAAGCUAUUAACAUUUAAGCUUAAUAUUAGAACAGAUGAAUCCAAAAAUAAUCUUAAAACAUGCUAACACCACUUUCUGAUUAGCAAUUACAUUUUUUUAAAUUAAAGUAAUCAUACGGAGACUGAGAAUCCUUCAUUGCUCAUUCCAAUUUUUGGCUGAAAAAUUAUAAUGUAAAAUGUAUCUAUGCUUUUGCAAAAAUCUUGUAAAUCAAAUUUCUGUUCUUUUUAUUCCACAUAUAAGUUGAUUUGCUAAGUUAUUAAAUUUUAGAUUUAACUGACUGGAUCCUAAAGAAGAAAUCAGUUUUCUGCUGCUGCCAAAAAAAUAGGAUUUGUUCUUCAGCAACCAGAGACACAUUGUUUUGUCCGAAAGAAGAAUUACAUGUUCUUUGUCUAAUUAUAGCAUGUGUUUUAGUAUAUCAUAUUCAUAUUGCUGUAGUAUGGUAGAUACUGCUUUCCCAUCUGUCCCAAUUGAUUAAAAGAAUCAAUAAAAACAUUUGCCAACUA